AUGCUGUGGGCCCUUGCGCGAGUGGAAUUGAACGGUGGUUUCUUUACAGAACAUUGCCCAGCUCAUUGCCACCUGGCAAAAGUGAUUGAUCCUAUCAUAAAGGGCACCUUGAACGUGUUGACCUCUUGCAAGAAAGCAAGCAGUGUGAAAAGGGUUGUGCUUACCUCGUCCUCCUCUUGCUUAAGAUGUCGUGCAGACGUCCAACAAGUUUCUCCUCUUAAUGAAUCCCACUGGAGUGAUACUGAGUAUUGUAAACGCCACAAUCUAUGGUAUACAUAUGCAAAGACAAUAGCAGAGAAAGAGGCAUGGAGAGUAGCAGAAGAAAGUGGGAUAAAUCUAGUGGUUGUGAUCCCCUCUUUUGUAGUUGGUCCCUUGCUUACGCCCCAACCAACCAGUUCAUUGCGACAAAUACUGACCAUCAUCAAAGGUGUAAGAGGAGACUACCCAAACGUAAGAGGAGGGUUUGUGCAUGUAGAUGAUGUAGUGGAUGCACAUAUAUUAGCAAUGGAGGAAAGUAAAGCAUCAGGCAGGCUUAUAUGUUCAAGCACAGUAGCACAUUGGUCAGAGAUCAUUGAGAUGCUAAAGACCAAAUAUCCAAUUUAUCCAUAUGAAGACAAGUGCAGCAGUCAAGAAGGAGACAACAACCCACAUAGCAUAGGCAGCAGCAAGAUUCUUCAGCUGGGUCUCCCGGCUUUAACAACACUUGAUCAAAUGUUUGAUGACUGCAUCAAAAGUUUCCAACAGAAGGGAUUUCUUUGA